AUGGCUGCUGUGCCGGACUAUUAUAAGCUUUUAGAGAUUCCUCGGGAUGCCUCUGACAACGAUGUUAAAAAGGCGUACAGGAAAAAAGCCCUGCAGUGGCACCCAGAUAAAAACCCAGAUAGGAAGAAUUAUGCUGAACAGAAGUUCAAAGAAGUUACAGAAGCCUACGAAGUGCUGUCAGACAUUUCUGAAGAAGAGUUGAGAUUCACCUUUCGCAGCCCCUGGGAUGUUUUCCGAGAGAUGUUUGGGACCUCGGACUCCUAUUCUGCCAAGAAAGAAGAAGAGGUCCCAUGGUACUUACGAGGUCCUUUAUUUUCCAUCUCCAUUUCAGAAGAUUCAGGUGUUUCAAUAACUUUUGGCCCCAAAAGAUCUUUAUGUUUCUUCACUCUUGAUCCUAAAGUCUUCAGUUUAAAAAACAUCAUCAACAGGAAAAGGUCUGCAGAGAAGGAUUCUGAACAAGUAGAAGGAAAGGAUGACAGAGAACUAAAAUCUGUUGAAGUUCCUGAUGAGGAAGAAAACAACAAGGAAGUGGUGGACAGUGAAAUACAGGCAGAGUCUGAGUCUGUACCAGAAUACAAGGAAGAUGAUGGAUGUGGGUUGGAACCUGAGUGUGAGACUCCUGAUGAUGAGCCCCUGGAGGAAUAUGAGUCCUACAAUAGAUGGAAUAGCCCCUGCAGGGGAUACGAAGCUGGGAAGGAGGAGGAGCCUUAUUCAUAUCCUUCCUCUUCCAUCUAUGAAUCUCACUAUGGAUCCAGCCCCUGCACUGUUUAUGGGAUGACUUCUGGAUGUCCAUCUCCCCAGUACUAUGCAAAGAAAUAUGGGACCCAUUAUACGUAUAUCACCUCUCCUAUAUAUGAGCCACAAAGUGCAUAUGAACUGUACGAUUCACAAUAUGGUGGCGAGUGCUGCCCUGUCGAUGAGUCCCAAUAUGAAUAUGAAUUUUCUCCGUCACCUGAGUCACAAUAUGUAUAUGAAACUUCCUUGGGGCACAAGUCUCAAUAUCGCUAUGAUGGCAAUUCUCCAUGUGAGUGGCAAUAUGGAUACGAGACUCCUCCAAUAUAUGAAACACGAUAUGGGGGCAAAACCUCCCGUGCAUGUGAAUCACCCUAUGAAUAUGAUUGCUCUCCUAUGUAUGACUGGCCCACACAGCAGAAUGAGUCAGAGACCAAAGAGGCUUCAACUCCUGAAUAUGAGAUCCCUGCUAGUUGGAAAAAACUGCAGAAGGAUUACACGUCCUCUCUAGGGAACACUGAACCAGAAGACAAACCAGACCCAUCUUUUAGAAGGAAUGAUAUUCCCCAAACAAUGAAGGAAUUAUCGGAUGGGUAUUGCCCAGUAGCUGGAAGCAAGACCCCUCUGGGUCACAGUGAAGGAGCACCCAACUCAAUUAAAGCCACUCCUUUAAGUAAUGCACUAGUUUUACCUUCUGAUGAGCAAGGCAACAGCCAGCAGACUCAGCCGCCAAAUGGAGUAAGGAAACGAUCAUCAGACAACCCAGAUGGGCUCCUCAGUGGCAUGAGGAAAUUUCUGGAUGGAACGAGGAAGCUUUUAUGUAGAGGGAACCAUCUUCCAAAAGAUCAACUUCCAGAAGGAGCCAAGUGGACCAGCCAACUUCCAAACAUAAACAGCUCACCCCAGAGAGGGAUGAGGCCAUUGCAUGGUGGUGGAAACUGCCUUCCGCAUGGAAGCAACCUGUUCUUAGACAAUCCCAGCAAGCCCAGAAGGGAGAAGAACCCAGGCAUGGGCCAAGGAAUUCCACUGCCUCUCUCAAGAGGAAGCUAUUGGACACGAGGGGGAAUGACACCUCAUCUUCCAGAUAUUUCAAGCACGCUCCUGGGCUCUGUAAAUAAGCUUCCAGGCAGGGGCAACUUCUCUCCCUUGAUUCCCCAUUCCAGCUCUUCCUAUAACUCCUAA